AUCCCUUCUUUUAUUUGCGAUGCAAUUUACCUUCGAGUUCUAGACUUGUCUCAUAACAACUUAAGCGGAAUGAUUCCUAAGUGUUUGGUAAACUCUACUGCCCUCUCGGUGUUGGAUUUGCGAAUGAAUGGCCUUCAUGGUACCAUUCCUGCAAUAUUUGCCAAAGGAAAUAAUUUUAGGAAUAUUAACCUUAAUGGCAAUCAAUUGGAAGGGCCAUUGCCGCAAUCUUUGGUCAAUUGUACAGACUUGGAAGUUCUAGAUCUUGGAAACAAUAAGAUAAAUGGAGCCUUUCCUUACUGGUUGGGAAGUCUUCAGAAAUUGCAAGUUCUUGUCAUAAGAUCAAACAGAUUUCAAGGUCGUAUAGGCAAUCCUAAAACCAAAUUUCCUUUCCCAAAUUUGCGAAUCAUAGACAUCUCUAACAAUCAGUUUAAUGGUCCUUUGCCAAUAACAUAUUUUGAAUAUUUGAAAGCCAUGAUGAAUGUGGAUGAAAGUGGAGUUGCAAGGCCAUAUAUGGGAGAUAGUUAUUAUCAAGAUUCAUUGAAUAUCAUGAUGAAAGGGCAGUAUAUUGAGAUGGAGAGAGUCCUAACUAUCUUAACAAGCAUUGAUUUUUCAAACAAUAGUUUUAAAGGAGAGAUGCCAAAGAGAAUUGGAAGGCUUAAAUCACUCAAGGGGCUCAACUUUUCUCACAAUAACCUUAUAGGUCAUAUUCCACCAUCAAUUGGAAAUUUGACCAAUCUUGAAUGGUUAGACCUCUCUUUCAACAAACUCGAUGGGGAGAUUUCUAGUCAAUUGGCAGAUCUAACGUGGCUUGAAGUCUUAAAGCUAUCACAUAACCAACUCACAGGACACAUACCUUCAGGAACUCAAUUCAAUACAUUCAACAAUGAUUCGUACACCGAAAAUUUGGGAUUGUGUGGGUUUCCAUUGUCAAGAACAUGCGAUAACCACGAGGCAAAGCAACCACCACCAUCAACCUUGCAACAAGAUGAAAAUUUAGAGCAUGAAAAUGGGUUUGGUUGGCAAGCUGUAUCCAUAGGUUAUGCAUGUGGAACAAUAUUCGGAAUGUUAAUGGGAUUUUUUAUGUUUAAAAUUGGAAGACCAAAGUGCCUUGUGAGGAUGGUCAAAUUAGAGCAGCAUAUCAUGCUCAGAAGAUUGAAGAAGAACGCCCACAAACGUGAUGGAAGAAGAUAACUGUUUCUAUGGUAUGUGAUGUUCUUAUUUUUGAGACUUUAGAAUGAAUCUCUAUACUUGAAAACAUAAAAGUGUCUAUUAUUAUUACCAAAUUUGAAUUUUUUUCUGUCCCUUUGAAUUAUAGUUGUGUAUCUUGGAUAUCUUAUGGAUUUAACUUCUUAUUCAAUUUCUUUGGUGUAAUUUAGAUGUCAUGGAUAGUAUGCAGCAAAUGGGGCUUGAAUCCUUGUAUGCUAUUCAAGAAGACAUAAUAUGGAUAUGAUAAUGGCUGUUGUUUCUAGUCUUCUACAAAAUGGUGCAUUCUGGUGUCUUGAUGUAGUCAUAACUGUUGAGUUGUUCACAAGGAUCA